ACUCUAAUUUCUCCACAAAUCGAUCCAUGUUUCAUAAAAUCACCAACUUGAAUCAUGCACUCAACCUGUUCGAUGAAAUGUCACACGCGCGCCCUUUGCCAUCUGUUGUCAAAUUCACUCAGUUGUUGCAUCUUGUUACCAAAAUGAAACAUUUUUCUUCUUCCCUUCAUCUUUUCAACCAAAUGUGUUCUCUUGGUGUCCCUGUUAAUGAAUAUUCUAUGAGCAUUGCAAUCAAGUGUUGCUGUCAGCUGCAUCGCACCAAAGACGGCUUUGCACUCCUCGGAAGCUGCUUUAGGCGAGCUAUUCCACCCAAUGUCUUCAUAUUUAGUGCACUCAUUGACGGACUCGUCCUAGAAGAUAGGAUUCUUGAAGCAGAGAUGUUAUUCAAGAAGCUCAUCAAACAAAAACUUUGUGAACCUAAUGUGGUUAUGUACAACACAAUGAUUAAAGGCCUUUGCAAGUUCAGUAAUAACGUUACAGCACUUGCUUUGCUCAGGCUAAUGGAACAAACAAACUGCAAGCCUGAUAUUUUUACAUAUAACACCAUCAUUGAUAGUCUUUUCAAGGAUAAAAUGAUAGAUGAUGCCUUGAAGCUGUUUAAAGAAAUGGUAUGUAACAAAAGCAUUCUACCAGAUGUCAUCACCUACACCUCUUUAAUAUGUGGUCUUUGUAAGUUUGGUCAUUGGGAUGAGGCCUCAAAGAUGCUAAAACAAAUGGAGGAUGAGAACAUUUCUCCAAAUGUACAUACCUUUAACGUAUUAGUUGAUGCAUUUUGCAAGGAAGGUAAAGUAGAAGAAGCUGAGGCUGUUAUCAACAUCAUGAUUGAGAGAGGUGAGGUUCCAAACAUAGUGACGUACAGUUCACUUAUUGAUGGUUACUGUCUUCGAGGUGAAAUGAUUAAAGCAAGGGAGAUUUUUUAUUCCAUUACACUUAGAGGCCUCGUUCCUGGUGUUGUUACUUACAAUAGUUUAUUGAAUGGGUAUUGCAAGAAUCUGAAUAUUGAGAAGGCUGUGCAAAUGUUUCAUGAAAUGAUUGUAAAAGGUUUAAAACCCAAUGUAGUCACUUACAACACCAUGAUACAAGGAUUCUUUCAGGUUGGGCGUUGUGUAGAUGCACGCAAACUCUUUGAUGAGAUGCAUGCACAAGGCCAAGUCCCAAACCAAUACACUUAUCGAAUAGUUUUAGAGGGCCUUUGCAACAAUCGUCAAGUAGAAGAGGCUCUCUCUUUGUUUCAUUUGAUGGGUGAUAGCAAGCUUAAUUCUGAUAUUGCUGUGUACAACAUUCUCAUUGAUGGUGCAGGCAAAAAUGGGAAAGUAGAUGUUGCGAAGAUUCUUUUCCAAGGUCUAAUUGAUAAAGGCUUGCAACCUGAUGUUCGUACAUAUAACGUGAUGAUCAGUGGUUUCUGUCGGGAAGGUCAAUUGGGGGAAGCAAAGUUGUUGUUUCUUAAAAUGGAAGAGAGUGGCUGCCCUCCCGAUGAUGUUACUUACCGUGUUUUACUCCAAGGAUAUCUAAAGAACAGGCACUAUGAUGAUGUGGAGAUGCUUUUACAGGAAAUGGAUGAUAGAGGUUACUCACUUGAUGCUUCAACUUUAUCACUAUUUAUAGAUCACAUCGCAGCUGGUUUACUAGAUAGAAGUAUGCUUAAAUUGUUAAGUAAGCUUGUGCCAAAAGAAUUAUUGGACGAUCCCAGGUUGUGCGACUGGGAGGUUGGGCGAGCGGUUGUGUGUGGCUUAACAACAAAGGGCGAGUAUGGAGUAAAAACAGUGAUGGAGAUGUUGAAGGAUGAACUAGAGUUCACAAUGGCUCUUUCCGGUUGCCCCACACUCAACGAUAAUAAUAAAAUUAAAGAAAUACAAAAAGAACAGGCUUUCUGCCAUUUGAUAGUUAGGUUGAAGCUUCAACUCCGUUUCCCUGCCGGAGACGAUGAUGAAUCGCACAGCUUUCAUCAAAUUCAGAGUGUUUCCUUUUUGAUUCAUAAAAUUACCAACUUGAAUGAUGCCUUGGAACUGUUCGAUGAAAUGUCACACAGACAGCCUUUGCCAUCUGUUGUUAAGUUUAAUCAGUUGCUGACUGCUGUUACCAAAAUGAAACAUUUUUCUUCUUCUCUUGACCUUUUCAAACAAAUGUGUUCCCUUGGUGUCCCUGUUAGUAAUUACACUAUGAGCAUUGCAAUCAAGUGUUGUUGUCAGUUGAAUCGCACCAAAGACGGCUUUGCACUCCUAGGAUGCUGCUUUAGGCGAGCUAUUCCACCCAAUGUCUUCAUAUUUAAUGCACUCUUAGACGGACUCGUCCUUGAAGAUAGGAUUCUUGAAGCAGAGAUGUUAUUCAAGAAGCUCAUCAAACAAAAACUUUGUGAACCUGAUGUGGCUAUGUAUAACACAAUGAUUAAAGGGCUUUGCAAGUUCGGUAAUAACGUUACAGCACUUGCUUUGCUUAGGCUGAUGGAGCAAAAAAACUGCAAGCCUAGUAUUGUUACAUAUAGCACCAUCAUUGAUAGUCUUUGCAAAGAUAAAAUGAUCGAUGAUGCUUUCAAGCUCUUAAAAGAAAUGGUAUCUGACAAAGGUAUUCUACCAAACGUCAUCACCUACAACUCUUUAAUUUGUGGUCUUUGUAAGUUAGGUUGUUGGGAUGAGGCCUCAAAGAUGCUAAAAGAAAUGGAGGAUGAGAACAUUUCUCCAAAUGUGAAAACCUUUACUGCAUUAGUUGAUGCAUUUUGCAAGGAAGGUAAAAUAAAAGAAGCUGAGGCUGUUAUCAACAUCAUGAUUGAGAGAGGUGAGUUUCCAAACAUAGUGACAUAUAGCUCACUUAUUGAUGGCUACUGUCUGCGAGGGGAAAUGAUCAAAGCAAAAACAAUUUUUGAUUCACUGAGACCUAGAGGUCUCGUCCCUAAUCUUGUCACUUACAAUAGUUUGCUGAACGGGUAUUGUAAGAAUCGGAAUAUAGAAGGGGCUAUGCAAAUGUUUCGUCAAAUGUCCGGACAAGGUUUAAAACCCGAUGUGGUCACUUACAGCACCAUGUUACAAGGAUUGUUUCAGGUUGGGCGUUGUGUAGCUGCGCGCAGACUCUUUAAUGAGAUGCAUGCACAAGGCCGAAUUCCAGACCAGUGCACUUAUCGAAUAGUUCUAGAGGGUCUUUGCAACAACCAUCUAGUAGAGGAUGCGCUCUCUUUGUUUCAUUUGGUGGGUAACAGCAAGCUCAAUUCUGAUAUUGUUGUGUACAAUAUCCUCAUCAAUGGUGCAGGAAAAUAUGGGAAAGUGGAUAUUGCAAGGAAUCUUUUCUAUGACCUAAUUGAUAAAGGCUUGCAACCUAAUGUUCAUACCUAUGCUGUGAUGAUUAGUGGUUUUUGUAGGGAAGGUCUAUUGGCGGAAUCAAAGUCGUUGUUUCUUAAAAUGGAAGAGAGUGGCUGCACACCAAAUAAUGUUACUUACCGUGUUUUACUCCAAGGAUAUCUAAAGAACAGGCACUAUGAUGAUGUUGAGAUGCUUUUACAGGAAAUGGAUGAUAGAGGUUACUCACUUGAUGCUUCGACUUUAUCGUUAUUUAUAGAUCAUAUCGCAGCUGGUUUACUAGAUAGAAGUAUGCUUAAGUUGUUAGCUAGAAAUAGUUUAUGGGUAGUGGGAGGGGAUUUUAACUCAGUUCGGUAUGAGGAUGAAAGGCGAAAUUCCAACUUUAAUGCGGCAGCGGCUAGAGAGUUCAACUUUAACGCGGGAUGGGCGUCUGCUGAAUACAGAGUUUUGCCAAAAGGUCGGCCCGAUCAUUGUCCGGUCAACCUCAAGACAUUUUCAGGUAACUUCGGGCCAAAACCAUUUCGGUUUUUCAACUCUUGGUUACAAAGGGACGAUUUCGAGGGGGUGGUGUUGAAGGCAAAUAAUGAAUUUCGUGGACAUGGUUGUCCUGAUGUGGUGUUAUUACAAAAGCUCAAAUGGUUUCGAAAAUACAUCACAGAGUGGAAGGAAAUUAUUAAACAAAAAGAUCUUGAGGAAGAAUUGAUUUUAAAUAAUGAGGUUGAAGAUCUUGAUAUAAUUCGCGAACAAAGGGAUUUGAAUGAAGAGGAAGAAUGGGUUUGGGAGGAGAGUCGAAGACGAAUUAGAGAAAUAGAAGAGUUCAAAUAUAAAGAUCUGCAACAGAAAUCUAGAUGUAAAUGGGCAACAGAUGGGGAUGAUAACACACGGUAUUUUCAUGGUCUCAUUAACAAAAGAAAGGCGUCAAACAGUAUUCCAGGGUUGAUUGAUGGUUAA